CGAUACAGGACCCGGUAGAAGACCCUGGCCUCGGCCAAUCAGCGGCCGGCUCGCCGCACCGACUCCGCCCACCUCUUCCACCGUCCGGGCCGAACGGUCAAUCCAAAAACAGUGGAACGUGCCAUUUGUGGCUUUUCGCACAAUCUCGCUCAGGUCACAGCAUCGCCCGACGCUCAUCUACACGAGGAAACCUGGUGUUUUCCCCAGCGGCUUUCAGUAGACAGAAUAGACCCCCUUUUUUCUAGCCCUUUUUGAUCCUUUUCUUCCACCGGCUGUCGGUCGAGGCAAGAUGACUGAUAGGAAGGCGGUUAUUAAAAAUGCUGACAUGUCCGAGGAGAUGCAGCAGGAUGCUGUCGACUGUGGGACGCAGGCCCUCGAAAAAUACAACAUCGAGAAGGACAUAGCAGCUUACAUCAAAAAAGAAUUUGACAAGAAAUACAACCCUACUUGGCAUUGCAUUGUCGGGCGCAACUUUGGCAGCUAUGUGACGCACGAGACUCGCCACUUCAUCUACUUCUACCUCGGGCAGGUGGCGAUCCUUCUCUUCAAGAGCGGUUAAAUUCCCUCCGAAUGCCUGCCUCAAAUUCACCUAUCCAAAAAAAACUACCCAAAAAAAACCAAUAUUAUAAACUUCCAAAAUUGAGAAAAAAUAUAUAAAAAUUACAUAAUUGUGGUUAUCGUAAUUAGGGAAUGCCUUACACCGGGGGUUGGGAACUAUAUCGUAAAUGGUUUCUUGUUGUUUUGAAUAACCAAUAAAAUAUUUUGGAAUAAAAAUAUUGUUUGCAUCAUAGGCAGGUCUGGUACGGUUGAGUGUGCGAUAAAAAGUAGCCAUAAAGUACUUAAUUUUUGUUUUUAUAAACAUGUUUUGUAAAUUGUUCAAGUUAUAUCUAGUCUUAUGAAUCUUUUAUUUUUCAAUUUGUGUUUUUUAAUAACAGGCCGUACACUUAACUCAUUGUUGUAUAACACUUUAACAAAUAAUACUACCGACUCCUAACUUUUUUGAUGGCUAUAAUAAAGCCAUUGUGUUCAUUUAUUAUUGUUAUUAUAAUCAAAUUAUUUAACUUGUAAUGUUGAGUAGGUAGGGUUGAAAAGCAUUUUUUUCACCCUUGUUCUAAGUAUUGUUAUACAUUCCUAGUUCAUUAUGGGAAUUUUUAAACUGUAUUAAAAAGUAUUAGACUUAAAAUUGUUCUUUCAAAGGGCAAAGUAAAGUUCUGUUCUAAUCUUUUGCCCAAUCAAUUGUGAUUAACCUAGUUUUACAACUGAAAUCGACUUUGUACGUAUUUCAUAUUUUUUCUCCCUUUUGAAAUACUUUGAAUAAAUUGUGAUUAUCCUGCA